AUGAAGCGUCUCUUGAUUCUGGCUGUUUUGGGGCUUGUUGGCGUUGUGUCGGGGGAGGAAAGCAGAGAGUGUCCGCCUCACUCCAGACCCUGGCAGGUGCGGCUACACGGAGGAGGGUCUUCGAGCUGCAGUGGGGUCCUCAUCAGCCAGUGGUGGAUUGUCACAUCCUUCACCUGCUCUCCUGUCUCUUUCAGCACCGUGGCCUCUCUGGGGGAACACGACCUGGGGGCCGUCGAGGGCACAGAGCAGCACAUCCCGGUGGCGGAGGUGAUCCCCCACAGUCCGUACCGCUCCCCCCUCCACAGCCUCACCCUGGUGCGCCUCUCCCGUCCCGCUCUCCUCACCCAGGCCGUCCAGCCCCUCCCUCUGCCCAGCCAGUGCCCCAAGCCCGGGGACUCCUGCUCCGUCAGCGGCUGGGGCUCCACCACACCAAACCAAUAUGAGUCUCCUGAGCGGCUGAAGUGUCUCCGUGUCCCCAUCGUGGACGACCGCUUCUGUGAGAGCACUUUCCCUACGUACAUCUACUGGAGCCUGGGGAUGGUGUGUGCAGGGAGCGCCAGCACCGACAACUGCCUGAGGGACAGUGGGGCGGUGCUGGAGUGCAACGGGCAGCUCCAGGGGGUCCAGUGGUUCGGACACGGCUGCAGUGACCCCGCCCAUCCCUCUGUAUACACCAAACUGUGCCGAUACAACCGCUGGAUCAACGACAUCAUGGAUCAAUACACGCCUUUUGAGACCACUACAUCACCUCCAAGAACCACAGCAGCACCACAACACUGA